UUUGUGCUCUGCGAUAUGAGGUGCUGGGAAGUGAGAUGAAGAACAUGGGACAAGUUAGCAGCGAAAAUGUGAAGAUGACGGAAACGCAAAGGCACAUAAAAUUUUUCGAAGAUCUAAAAACGUCCAUCAACGCUCAUCUACUUUUAAGGGAAUUGGUAAACGAUGUGGAGUUGUUCUUCUCAGACUUAUUUUUCAUACAAUUUGGCACCAGUGGUCUAAGUAUAUGCGGAUCGAUUUAUUGUCUGGCAUUUGAUGUUGGUGACAAUCUAUUGGAACGUUUUGUCCACCUUUUCGUUGCUUUUUACUUCAUUUCCCAAUUAUUUAUGAUCACGUACUUUGGCAAUGAGAUUAUGCUAUCGAGCAAUCGGCUCUCUUACUGCUUAUACGAAUCGGACUGGUACAACCAGCCACAGUCAACCAAAAAGUGCAUCAUCAUUUUUGGUGAAUAUUUACAGCAACCACAAACGCUGGUGAUUGGAAAACUGUACCCACUAACUUUGGAGACAUUUACAAGGAUUUUGAAUUCAGCCUACAGCAUGUUCAAUAUUUUAAAAAGUUUUCAGUAAAUGAAAUUGUUAAUUAAAAGCUAAGCACUUAGUAGUGCUCAGCAUCAAUAUUAGCUAAGAAUUAGCCUAUCA